CUGUCGCUCUGUGACAGGCGGAGGGGCCAGUUCCUGUUGGGCGAGGGGGCGGAGUCAAAGGUUGCCUGAGCUCCGCCCGGACUCCAGGGGGCUCCUCCCCUUUUGUGCUCCUCGCGGCGGGGCGGGCGGGGGAAUGUCAUUGCCGCUCCGAGCCGCCGCUCCUCUGGCGCCCUCGUCCCGUCGGCUCUCGCCGCCACCGCCGCCUCCUCAGCCGCACGGGGGACACGGAUGGCUAGUGGGGCGCAGGGGCCUUUUGGGUUGAGACCGCGGCGGUCGCGGCCACUGCUGAGGCGGAGACUUCGGAUCGCUGCCGCCGCCGCCGCCGCCUCCACCACCCCCAGUGUCCCGGCCUCGCGGUGUUGAGGGCGGGAGCGCGCCCAGCUCUUCCUCCGCCUCCGCCUCCUCCUCCUCGUUGUCGUCGCCGUCGCCCUCCUCCUCCUCCUCUGGGUCUCCGCCCAGCACCCCUCGCUCCAGGCGGCGGCGGUGGCCGCGGAGGACGAGCGAGACCCGCCGCCGGGGCACAACAUGGCGGAGCCCUCGGCCCCGGAGAGCAAGCACAAGUCGUCCCUCAACUCGUCCCCGUGGAGCGGCCUCAUGGCUCUGGGGAACAGCCGCCACGGGCACCAUGGGCCCGGAACCCAGAGCGCGUCCAGGGCGGCGGCGCCGAAGCCGGGGCCCCCCGCGGGGCUGUCCGGGGGUUUGUCGCAGCCGGCCGGGUGGCAGUCGUUGCUCUCCUUCACCAUCCUCUUCCUGGCCUGGCUGGCCGGCUUCAGCUCGCGCCUCUUCGCCGUCAUCCGCUUCGAGAGCAUCAUCCACGAGUUCGACCCGUGGUUUAACUAUAGAUCAACACAUCAUCUUGCAUCUCAUGGAUUCUAUGAGUUUCUAAAUUGGUUUGAUGAAAGAGCAUGGUACCCACUGGGAAGAAUAGUGGGUGGCACCGUUUACCCAGGGUUGAUGAUAACAGCUGGCCUUAUUCAUUGGAUUUUAAAUACAUUGAACAUAACAGUUCACAUAAGAGAUGUGUGUGUAUUCCUUGCACCAACUUUUAGCGGCCUUACAUCCAUAUCUACGUUCCUGCUAACUAGAGAACUGUGGAACCAAGGAGCAGGACUUCUAGCUGCUUGCUUCAUUGCUAUCGUACCAGGGUACAUAUCUCGGUCAGUGGCGGGAUCCUUUGAUAAUGAAGGCAUUGCCAUUUUUGCACUUCAGUUCACUUACUACUUAUGGGUAAAGUCUGUGAAGACCGGAUCUGUGUUCUGGACAAUGUGCUGCUGCUUGUCAUAUUUCUACAUGGUCUCUGCGUGGGGAGGUUAUGUCUUCAUCAUCAACCUCAUCCCUCUCCAUGUGUUUGUAUUGCUGCUGAUGCAGAGGUACAGCAAGAGAGUCUACAUAGCAUAUAGCACUUUCUACAUUGUGGGUUUAAUAUUAUCCAUGCAGAUACCUUUUGUGGGAUUUCAGCCAAUCAGAACAAGCGAGCACAUGGCAGCUGCAGGUGUCUUUGCGCUGCUGCAAGCUUACGCUUUUUUGCAGUAUCUGAGAGACCGGUUGACAAAACAGGAGUUCCAGACCCUUUUCUUUUUGGGUGUCUCACUAGCUGCAGGCGCUGUGUUCCUUAGUGUCAUCUAUCUGACAUACACAGGUUAUAUUGCACCAUGGAGUGGCAGGUUUUAUUCACUAUGGGAUACUGGGUAUGCAAAAAUACACAUUCCAAUUAUUGCAUCAGUGUCUGAACAUCAGCCUACGACAUGGGUGUCUUUCUUCUUUGAUCUACAUAUUCUUGUAUGUACCUUCCCAGCAGGCCUAUGGUUCUGCAUCAAAAAUAUCAACGAUGAAAGAGUAUUUGUCGCUCUGUAUGCAAUCAGUGCUGUCUACUUUGCUGGAGUGAUGGUGCGGCUGAUGCUGACUCUGACCCCGGUCGUCUGCAUGCUGUCGGCCAUCGCCUUCUCCAAUGUUUUUGAGCACUAUUUGGGGGAUGACAUGAAAAGGGAAAACCCACCUGUGGAGGACAGCAGUGAUGAGGAUGACAAAAGAAACCCAGGAAACUUGUAUGACAAGGCAGGUAAAGUGAGGAAGCAUGUGACAGAGCAAGAGAAACCUGAAGAGGGCUUGGGCCCCAACAUCAAAAGCAUUGUGACCAUGCUGAUGCUCAUGCUCCUGAUGAUGUUCGCUGUCCACUGCACGUGGGUCACAAGCAACGCCUACUCCAGUCCAAGUGUGGUCCUCGCCUCCUACAAUCAUGAUGGUACCAGGAAUAUAUUAGAUGACUUUAGAGAAGCGUACUUUUGGCUGAGACAAAACACGGAUGAACACGCCCGGGUCAUGUCGUGGUGGGACUACGGCUAUCAGAUUGCUGGCAUGGCUAACAGGACCACUCUGGUGGAUAACAACACCUGGAACAACAGCCACAUCGCACUGGUCGGAAAAGCUAUGUCUUCCAAUGAAACGGCCGCCUAUAAAAUCAUGAGGUCCCUUGAUGUCGAUUAUGUGUUGGUUAUUUUCGGAGGAGUGAUUGGCUAUUCCGGGGAUGAUAUCAACAAGUUCCUCUGGAUGGUUAGGAUAGCUGAAGGGGAGCAUCCCAAAGACAUCCGGGAAGGUGACUAUUUCACCCAGCAGGGAGAGUUCCGAGUGGACAAAGCUGGGUCUCCUACCCUGUUAAACUGCCUUAUGUAUAAAAUGUCGUACUACAGAUUCGGAGAAAUGCAGCUAGAUUUUCGUACACCCCCAGGUUUUGACCGAACACGUAAUGCUGAGAUUGGAAAUAAAGACAUUAAAUUCAAGCAUUUGGAGGAAGCUUUUACAUCAGAGCACUGGCUUGUCAGGAUAUAUAAAGUGAAAGCACCUGACAACAGGGAGACACUAGGUCACAAACCUCGAGUCACCAACAUCGUCCCCAAACAGAAGUAUUUGUCAAAGAAGACUACUAAAAGGAAGCGUGGCUACGUUAAAAAUAAGCUAGUUUUUAAGAAAGGCAAGAAGACCUCUAAGAAGACUGUUUAAAUGCACUGUUCUGGCCUGACUUGCAGCAGUCCUUGAGAGAACCGGUCUUUGCCUUCUGCUCAUGUCCUGUUUCACAGCACCAAGGGUACAGAUCAUCGCUGGGCCAAGUCAAUGUACAAAAUGUUCUGGCAAUGCCUCAUUGAAAAUUAAAUUGGUUUAUUGAGAACAGCUGUUUCUGAUGUGUGACGUGAAGCAAGACAGAGCCCUGCUGUGAGCAGCUAGCAGAAGAUUUUUUUUUUUUAAUUAUUGGUACAUAUUACCCUUCAAAUCUGAGAAUUUGGACUAAUUGCACCAAAGAACCCUCUAAUUUGGUCCCUGGCACAUGCGUACCUGUCAACUUUUUUUUCUUUUACAAGACCUACAUUUUAUUUGAACUACCCAAAUAGCAAUAUGUAAGACAGAAAUGCAGAUGUGAUGAGAGCUUCUUGACCAGUAAACAAACUAGCCCAGGUCUGAGAGAGACGUGCUAAAGGAGAGUCUACGUCUGGGAAUUCUAUUUAUUUUCCUGUUUCUCCGGUGUGAAGAAUGUUUCAUCAAAUGUCCACUUUGUCGCUCACUGCCGCUGUAAGCAGCCGCUGCUGACGGUGGGCCUCCCUCCGCGUAGUUAGCUGACUAGAUGUUUGUGUUCAGGCAUCCGGAUGCACUGCGGUUAGCAGGCGUCUUCACCAGGUACUCACAGAGCAGAUUCCAUGCAUUCUUCAUUCAAGGGCUAAAUUUCUCUCCUUUGGGAAUCAUGGCAAGCGCACACAGAACGCUGCUGGCCAGGAUGGCUCUUACCUCAGUACUGAGGUCGGCUCCAUGUUCCCAUGCAGAAGAUUAAGGGAAAGCCCUUACGGUGGACAGGCAUGCAGAGUUCAUUUCUGUGACUCUACACAGUGACAAAGGAUUUGUAAACUUUGCCUGGAUUUUCCUCAUUUUAUACCAGUUUUGUUCAUCACGAUGAUUUCUGUUGACCGCUUCAUGUUUUUGAUACCUUAAGCAUUUGAUGAAACACUCUCUAGUGCUCUCUAGGCGUUUCUUACUUUUAUUACAAAUGUGACAAUUGUCAAAAGAUGCACUAGAAUAUAAAUGGAGAUUGAGCCUGUUCAUUUUCCAGCUCAUAGGCAACUUUAUACAGACUUGAAGCCUUUAUCCAGUUGUCUAGUAAAGUGAGAGAGGCUUCCUGCCACAGGGAGCUUUUUACACAGCACCCCACUGCUUCAGUGGGAAAGUUGAGAGCAGUGUGUCCCUUUUAUGAAGAACCCGUCCGUCAUUUACAGUGCUCCGUGAGAGAGAAUGUUACUGCUGACUCCUUUUCCACGGUGUAGAUACUCUCUGAUUUAUAGAAUUCAUUCUUGAUCCAGAUGAUGGUUCUUUUACAGACCAAUUAAAAAAAAAAGUGUAACUAAAUCUGGAUUUCUGAUACCUUGUCAUUUGGGGGAUUUUAUCUUAUGUUGCUUUACAAUUCAAUGCGGAGAAGUUAUGACCACAGGAAAUAAAGCUAAUUCCAAUUUGUGU